GGGCUUGGUCGUUCAGUGGUGAUUAUCUGUUGUGCAGGGCUUAGGAGCUCGAGAGCACACCCGAUGAAGGCAUUGCCUGAACGUGCAUAACAUAACGUGUGCAUUCUUUCUUGACCAACUAGUGCCUUAUCGCCGUAUGGUAAGGCGAUCCAGAUUCUCUGGUUAUUGGAGUGUAGUAACAGACGAUCUGCAGUCACCAUGGAGUUGAUACGUGUAGCCGAUGAUGCUGGAGAUGAGUUGACACUGGUAAACUACAAUGGCCGCAAAUACCCAAAUCUUCCCGGAUGUAUGGAGACAAAAGUCCUGGAGAGAUUACCAUCUGCUGAGAUCCGCUCUGAUGACAUUUUAGUGUGUAGUUUUCCUAAGUCAGGUACUCACUGGGUCUGGGAGAUGGUUCGCCUGCUGGUGGCGGGCCAACUCGACCGUGCUGAAUUCGGCAAUGGAUUUAACUUAAUGGAAAAUUGCAACGUGGGGGACUACUACAAAGACUUCCCUUCUCCCAGAAUCCUGAACACUCACGUGGGGUUCAACGAACUUCCAGAGCAGGUUAAAGUGAAGAAACCUAAGAUACUGUACGUGACUAGGAACCCCAAGGACGUGACUGUUUCUUAUUACAACCAUGUGAAGAAACUUGCCUACAACUACACUGGAGAGUGGAAGAAUUUCGUCCGACCCUCACUGGAGGGGAAGUUUGAAUAUGGUUCCUGGUUCGACUAUGUGAAGGAUUGGGAGGAGGUGAAGAAAACCACUGACGUCCCAAUACUGACGAUUAACUAUGAAGACAUGCAAGAGAAUGUAUUCCGCGAGAUGAAAAAAGUGGCAGCCUUCCUUGGAAUUAACAGAAGUGAUGAGUUUGUGAAAGAAGUGUGUGAUCACUGCAGCUUCGCCUCCAUGCAGAAAAGCAGGUCACCCUUCGCCAAAGUCAUGUAUAGAAAAGGUGAGGUUGGCGACUGGAAGAAUUGGUUCACUGUCGCUCAAAAUGAGUGGUGUGACCAUCUCUUCAAAGAGAAGAUGAAGGAUUGUCCCUUGGAGUUCAGAUAUUCAUUGAAAUAAUGGUAUUGUGGAGAAGGGAGAGGCGGUAGAAAUGGCUAGAGUAGUUUGAGUAGGCAAAUUGAAUAGCGCGGCAUUGCUGGUGGACGACACAUGAUUGCCAGUGUUUUCCACAAUUGGGCACUCUCUUUGUGAAAGAGUAUAUUAUUUCAUUGAAAAUCAUUGUCCAUGUAUGUACUGUAAUGUGAACUGUGACCAUAAUAAAAGGAUUGAAACAUUA